AUGCAGUUACGGUGCGGAGGGGCCCGCAGCCAGUCUUGUUCCGUCCACGCCGAUUCGAUGCAGCGAGGUCGAACACCGCCCGCUUUGAGGCUCCUGCCGUGGCCUGCGCUCCGGCUCUUCUUGCUGCUGCUCCUGCUGCUGGUAAUGCUGCCGCCGCGCUCCGCCGCUGCGGCGCUUGACUCUUCUAUGGCGCGACUGGAGGAAUUGGUGCGGUCGUCGUCGUCGUCGUCGGCGGCGGCGGCGGCAACUGCUGCCGAUUACCCGCCCACCGUCUGGGAGGUGCUGCAGUUUGCUGCCACCGCCCGGCACCUAGAGGACCGUAUUCUUCAGCAGAACCACCACUGGUGA